AUGGAAAAGAGAAGUGAUCCUUGCAUUGAAAAUACCCGGGGCAGCUUGGACUGGUUAAAUGCCAAUUUUAAACGCUUCAGCAAAUUAGCCACUUAUCAAGACCUGACUGGCCUGAAUCCAGAUUUUAAUGCACUGGAUGCAGUGGCAGGUCUCUCUCCAUGGCAACUGGCUGACUACACAUUAGGAGGUGGUGUUCUGCGUGACACAGACAAAGCCCGGAAGGUCUUUGGGGCUCUUGAAUCACAGGAUAUUGCAGAGUUUAUGGAUGCUCUCAAUGCUGUUGCCAACCAGCGUCAUCUGUCUCUACUGCCCCACUUGGAGAUGAGGCGGUUCAUCCUGAAUGAGGUUUUCUGUCACUUGAGUGGCUUCAUCCAUCUCUUCACCCCAGCAGAUUAUGACACAUGGUUUGGACAACGGCUCCACUUUUUCCUGAGUAGCCUGAAUGCCCAGAAUCUUGGUUUCCUACCUAGUGACCUGAGCUGUGAUUCCCUUGCAGCCAUAGUGAGCACUUUAAAGGACCACCAUGGCAACAACACAUUUGAAAACCCUGAAGAUAUAUAUUCUUUUAUAAAGCGGGUUCUCCAUUUCCAUGUACAAAAUUCAGUCAGAUUCCUUGGAGUUGUUCUCUGCAAGAGCCUUGGCGGAGCUGUCAGUUCAAAGCCAUACCGUCUACAGCACUUCAGCCAUGAAGCACGUGUUCCAGACUAUCAAGAAGAAAGCAGAUGCAAACCAGUUCCUUGGCAUUUAUUUGGAUGAGUUCAACUCCUUUGUAAUGAAGAAUCAUGAUUUGCUAAGCAACAUCAAUAUCAGGGAUGCCCUGAUGAUGCUGUCAGCAGAGAUCAACUUUCCCCAAGUGUCAGCUCUUUCUUUGAAAGACAUGGCUGGGUGGCUAGAAAGACUCAACAUCUUGCUGCCAGGUAUCAAUGGAACCAUGCUGGAAUUGCUGCCACUGGACAUGUCCUGUCCAUAUUUCCAAGCAGUUGUGAAAGCUCUAGACAGCGUUUACUCAACAUUGUCAAGCAGGAAGAGGCAAGAUGUAUAUGGAUUUCAGAAGACUUACUUGACUGCCCAGUUUGCUGUCUCAGGGUCAGCAUGUGAUGGAGGGACGAUUGAUAUCAAAGAUCUACUGUUGAAGAAUUUUGGAAAGUUUUGUUCGAUGGCUAAACUAAGUGAACUUCAAGCUUUUUACCCAGAACUUAAUGGAGUGGAGAAACCUGUCUAUAUCAGCCCUAAACAAACAGCUGACUUUACCAACAUCGCUCAGAUGUUGCAGAAUGUAACUCUUGCCAGGCAUGCCAUUGGAAUGAUCAAGAAUUUUAGCAAUUAUUACUCUCUCCGUGAAUAUCUAUCCAGACUCCAAAGGGGUCCUUGCCAGGGCACCAUAGACACAGCUGGUCCAUGUAGGCAAUCUUCUCCUGCCUUCACUGUUGAAAUCCAGCAAGAAAUCUUGGAAAACGCACUUUUUUUCCUCAAAAAAGAAGGUAGCUCAAUGAACUCUUCUCAGUGGAAAGAAGCCUACUUCCUUUUGUUUUCCAACAUCUUGCCACAUCCCAGGACAGUCCACUUUUCCCAGCUGGCUCCCAAAUUGUCAUGUCAUCUCCACACUACCUUGAAGGCUAUCACUGCUCUUCAUUCUAGUCUUAUCAAACAACAGGAAGAACUUGUCAAGGCCAGACAUCUAUGCUAUUCUGGAAGACAUCAUCCUAACAUUAAAGCAACAAUUCAUAUCCCUGCAAGGGUGACAAAGUACAACUAUCAAGAUGAAACACACAGCAAGCACAGAAUUGGGAUAACUUUUCCCCAUCAGACUAGCAAAUCACAUGUUCUAAGGGACACUACUAAACAAAACCAAGAAAGUUCUCCAGGUAAUAAGCUCAGAAGCAGGGAAAUGGACACUACAGGACACACCACAAUUCAUAAUCUUAGAAACAACACCAGCGGUUUCUUUGAAAAUAUGGCAAAUAAACAAAUUCCUAUCCCUGGAGGUGCCACAAAGAGUAUUUUGCAAAGUAUUAGAAGUCCUAGAUUUACCAGUCCCCAAAGUGCCAGAAUGAAUACCCUUAGAGAUGCCACAAAUGAUGUUACUAAAAGUAUCUCAGCUAACUUCUAUGGAACUGAUACAACUCAUAUUCCUGGAUAUACCACUGAAAAUAUCCUAAUGGAUAGUAGAACACACUCUCUAGGAAUUACUGUGGAAAACGAUUCUAGUAAUGCUAAAGGCAGUAUCUACGAAGUUGCCAUAACUCACAACCCUGCAGAUGUUACUGUCAACCAACAUACAAUUCACAUUCUUGAAAGCAAGAAUGAAAACGUAUCUCAUAGUGUGGUGAAAUAUAUCCUUAAAAGCUCUAUACCUACUAGCAUUAAUGGUGCCAUGGGCCUGCCUGGAAUUAUCUCAGAUUACACCUCCAGAAGCACUCCAACUGGAGGUGUUACCAACAACAUUACCAGUACUUUUACAAGAAACAUUCUUGGAAAUACAGCUGGCAAAAUCUUAGAAAGGAUCACGGCUCACUUUCCUAGUGUGAGAUCUAGCAACAUCCCUGGAGAUGCCAUGAGCAAAUACUUUGAAGAUACCACAAUUCACAUUCAUGGCGAUGCUGCAACUAGCAUCCCUACACACAACAUAACUCACAAUCUUAGAGGUACCACAGGAAAUAACAUUCCUAGAGGUACUACUACAAAUAUCCUUGGUAAUGUCAUAAACAAUGUUCCUGAAGAUACCUCAGUUCGCAGUCGUAAUGGAGUUACUAGUAAAUUUUCCAGUAGUACCACAUUUCAGAUGGUAAGAGGUGCCACGGUCAACAUUGUUAAAAGUAUCACAGCUUCAGUACUUAGAAAUACAAGAGAAGAUGAAUAUAUUCCCAGCCUAAAGAAUUCCACAUAUAAUAUACUUCAUGGCAAUCUAUCUGGUGAGAUCACAGGUAAUGUUAAUGGAGGUGAUACAAUCCCUAAAAUUUAUGAUGCAACAGAAAACAAACAUAAAAUUUCCAUCACUCACAGCCCUGGAAAUGGGGCCAUGUAUUACAUCUCUGGAAGAGUCACAACUCCUUUCUCCACAAGUACCACUGGAAAUAUAUUUCAAAGCCCCACACCUAAUGCUAAAAAAAUUGCAAUGGGAUAUGAUCAUAAAGCAGUACAUGAGGGCACAAUUGGCAAUAUUUCUGGAGGUGCAAUUAGUCACACUCCUGAAGGCACUACGGCAAGUGUUCCUGGUACAAACAAAAACCUGGGAAGUGCCAUUAGCAACAAUGGAGUUUCUCUCAUUUAUAAACCUAGAGAUGCUACUGCCACAAUUAGUAUUGUUAAUGGUGGCCAUAAAAUUUCCAGUGAUCCCAUAUUUAAUAUAUUUAAAAGCACAAUUCCUAUAGGUUCCACAGUUCACAUUCCUAGCAGUAUCACUGACAAUAACAUUGAAAAUAAAACUACUCUCUUCCUGGAUGGUUUCUCAAGCAAUAUUACUAUAGGUAUUCCUGACCACAUAGGCACUUUAGUUACCAUCCCUGGAGGUAUCACAUAUGACAUUCCUCAAAAUACCAUCUCUGGGGUUGUUCCUAGCAUUGCUUCUGAUAAUGAUAGAUACAAAGAUGCCACACCUUCAACAGAUGUUAUAAGUCCCAUUCUUGGAGGUUUUUCUGUAAAAAUUCAGAGUGAUUUUACAAGCAACAGCUCUGAAGAUGUAACUAGCAAUAUUCAUAUUAAUGAUACAACAAGCAUCUUUAAGGAAUCUACAGUUUCUAUUCCCAUGCGUAGCACCAAACAUAACCUUGAAGACAAAGCAACACAUGUUCAUAAUGGUUCUGAAGGUAACAGCCAGAAUAAUGCCACUGGAAAUAUCUCUCAGAAGAUCACAAUUUCUGGAAGCACCAGAAGUACUAUUUCUACUAUUUUUGGAGGUGGGCCAACUCAUCUCCCAGGAAAGGGCAAUGAAGAUGGUGCUCCUGGAAGCCCAAACAAUGAUAGUUCUGGAGCUGUAACAACCAGCAUCUUUUUUGAUGCUACCACACAUACUUCUUCUACUUCUAUUCUUGACAAAGGCAACAGCUGGGCAAAUAACACUGUGCCCAUGUUAUUCUACUGUAUUCUUACUUGGAUUUCUGUCACGGUUUCAUUAUAG